AUGACUGACUCUGUCGGGUUCUUGUACCAAAGUGAAACCACAGGAGAAAGUUCAGAUAAAGAGACGGCGGAUUUAGAAACAGGAAGGGAAAUGAGUGCAAUGGCCAGAGGAGAUGAGCAUUUGCCUAACCCGGAGCUGAGAGUGAGCCCAGACCUGAUUACUGAGGGCUCCCACAUAUCCCUCACCUGUCAUUCUCACUCACUGCCCAAGGAUACACUGGAGUUUGCUUUAUACUGGAAUGGAUUUAUAUUGUUCACAUUCAGCAAAGACAAUACAUGGCACACUGACUCAGUUAAGAAAGAAUAUUCAGGAAAUUACACAUGUGGAGUAAAAUCUUCAGCCAGUUCUAAAGAGAUAAAGCUGAGUAACACUGUGAAUAUUCAGAUAAAGGAGCGGAUCCCCAGGCCAGAAAUAAGAGUGAGCCCAGAUGAGAUCACUGAAGGUUCUGAUAUGUCCAUAUCCUGCCAUUAUAAUCCAACCCCACCAGGAGAGAGUCCAUGGCUGCAGUUUGCAUUAUACAGAGAUGGAACAAUCAUGGAGGGAUUCAGUUCUGCCAGUGAGUGGCACAUUUCCCCGGCCCGGGCUGAGCAGUCAGGAUAUUAUACAUGUGCAGUUAGACCCCAAUAUGGAGAAGGACAGAGAAGCGCUGCUGUCUAUAUUCCCAUACACAGUAGAAAUUACACAGUGCAGAAUGCAGUGAGACUGACGGCGUCGGCCUUCAUAUUCCUUCUGGCUUCAUGUCUUCUGUUCCAUCACUUGAAGAGCCCCCGGCAGAUGGAACCAACGUCUGGAGAAACAAAUGACAAAUUGUCUUUCCAACUCUCUGCUUUGUAA